GACCUUAGCCCAAUUACCCCCGAUUGAAUCUGGAUCCAAAUCCUAGACCCGAUAUUGACUCAUGCAGAGUCCGGGUUUAGAACGAAUCCGGACCUGACCCAACCCACUGCGGAGUCCGAGUUUAUAACGAAACCGGACCUGACCCAACCCGCUCGCAAUGGGCCCACUGAUUUCUUCAGAAUAGCGUACGGCAGCGGCCGGCGGGUUCGAAGUUUCAGCGGGCGACGGUUUCCCAUCUGCAGUGAGGCGGUGAUCUCACCGACCCACGGAUCCGCGUCCCCCGCGCGUCGAAGCAACGCCACUACGCCCAGGCCUAUUUCCCUUCUCCCCCACAACACCCCCCUCCUCCCCUCCUCCCUGGGCGGCCCCUCACCUCUUUUCUUGAGACCGAGACAAUCCCAUCGCCGCAUACUAAGUCAGCCUCCGUACGAGGAGCGGUCCGAUCACCGCUCUGGGACGCCACCAACGAUGGAGACGCAGCAAUUCAGGGAUCGGAGGCCAGACGCCCUCGGCGACCUUCGAGUCCUCCCCGACGAUUUCCUCUGCGCCAUCCUCGAACUCCUCUCCCCUCCCGACCUCGCCCGCCUCGCUUGUGUCAGCAGUGUUAUGUAUAUGCUGUGCAAUGAAGAGCCACUAUGGAUGAAUCAAUGUCUCAAAGUUGGGGGUCUUCUUGAGUACAAAGGUUCGUGGAAGAAGACAACAUUGCACAGGCAAAAUAUCUACCCUAAAAAUGAAGAAACUUGCCGAAAGCCUCUGCAGUUCGAUGGGUUCUAUUCCUUUUUCUUAUAUAGAAGAUGGUACAGGUGUUUUACCACAUUAAAUUCCUUUUCUUUGGACAGUAGAGAUCUAGAAAGAAAGAAGGACCUUACCUUGGAUGAGUUUCAUUCUGAAUAUGAUGGCAAAAAACCUGUUUUGCUUACUGAGAUGGCUGAAACUUGGCCAGCAAGAACUAAGUGGACGAUUGAUCAGCUAUUGUUGAACUAUGGGGAUGUUACUCUCGGAAUAUCUCAGAGGAGCUCAAAAAAAAUUACUAUGAAAUUUAAAGACUAUGUCUCAUACAUGAAACUUCAACAUGAUGAAGAUCCCCUUUAUGUUUUUGAUGACAAGUUUGGAGAAGCUGCACCAGCUUUAUUGGAAGAUUACAACGUGCCUCAUUUGUUCCAAGAAGACUUUUUUGAUGUCUUAGAUCAUGAUCAGCGGCCUUCUUUUAGAUGGCUAAUUAUUGGACCCGAGAGGUCCGGCGCAUCUUGGCAUGUUGACCCUGCCCUAACCAGUGCCUGGAACACGCUUCUAUCUGGGCGGAAAAGGUGGGCAUUGUACCCUCCAGGUAGAGUUCCUGCAGGUGUUACUGUACAUGUAAAUGAGGAAGAUGGUGAUGUUAAUAUUGAGAGCCCGACAUCCCUGCAGUGGUGGCUAGAUAUUUAUCCUCAACUUGCUGACCAUGAUAAGCCACUAGAGUGCACUCAACUGCCAGGAGAGACAAUAUUUGUUCCAAGUGGUUGGUGGCAUUGCGUGCUAAAUCUUGAGACAACCAUUGCCAUCACUCAGAACUUUGUAAAUGCAUCAAAUUUUGAAUUUGUAUGUCUGGAUAUGGCACCUGGCCAUCAUCAUAAAGGAGUUUCUCGUGCUGGAUUGUUGGCUGUCCAGGAUAAGGGUUUUGGAAAUGUUGAAAACAAUGCAUUCCUUGAGACAAAUUCUUUUAAUUUUCCUGAUAUGACUAGGAAAGAGAAAAGGCUCAAACAUGUGGAACCUGGGAAAGAGCCAUCUAGAUAUGGUAGCAGUUGGCAUGCUAAAGAUGAGUUCUCAGAAGCUCACAGCAAUUUAUGGAAACAGAAAUUUUCUUAUGAUAUAGAUUUAUUAUCUACAUUUUUGGAGGAAGAUAGAGACCACUAUAAUUCUAUUUGGAGCGCUAGCAACAGCAUUGGACAAAGAGAAAUGAGAGAAUGGUUGCACAAGCUUUGGAUCACAAAGCCAGCAAUGAGACAAUUAAUAUGGAAGGGUGCACAGAUAGCUUUAAAUGUUGAUAGAUGGUAUGCAUGUAUGCUGGAAAUUUGUGCAUGCCAUAAUUUGCCAUCUCCCAUGGAUGAUGAGAAGCUUCCUGUUGGCACAGGUAGCAAUCCUGUUUUUCUUGUUUCUGACUAUGUCAUAAAAAUUUAUGCUGAAGGAGGCUUGGAGUCUGCUAUCCAUGGUCUGGGCACUGAGCUUGAGUUCUACGAUCUUCUUCAUAAAGCCAAGUCACCUUUGAUAGAUCAUGUUCCUGAGAUUUUGGCUAGUGGUAUUCUUGUCUAUGAAAGUGGUCGCUAUAGAACAUUUCGAUGGGAGGGAAAAGGAGUACCAGAUGUGAUUGUUAACUGCAAUCUUAUCAAGGGAGAAUGCGUAGAGGUUUGCUUUCCUUUUGGUGUAUGGAGCAAAAUACAAUUUGUACUAAAAAAAUCAGGAUCUGUUUCAUGCACAAGGAUAUGGCCAUACAUAGUAACUAAAAGAUGCAAAGGAAAUAUUUUUGCUCAUCUAAGGGAUACAUUAUCAGAUGAUGAUGUCUUACAUCUAGCUUCUUUUUUGGGUGAUCAACUGCGAAAUCUUCACCUUUUACCCCUACCACAUUUCCAGCAUACCAUCCAUUCAGAGGUGAACAAUUUAUCUUUGGCAAGAACCUUCAACAGUUUGGUUGAAAGUUCCAAGACAUCUGCAACAAAUGCUUCUGCAAGAGCAGUUUCUGAGGGUUUUAAUAUUCCACUAGAAUGGGAGCUUGUUAUUGCAGAUCUGGAUAUAAGAAAGAAGAAUAUAAAAAACCGUCUAGUUCAAUGGGGGGAUCCAAUUCCAGGACUUCUAAUAGAGAAUGUUGAAGAGUACCUUCCACGUGAUCUCACAAUGUUUCUCGACUUAAUCAUGGAUAAUGAUGGCUUGUACAAGGUCUGUGAAUCUCCUACUUGGAUACAUUCAGAUAUCAUGGAUGACAACAUUCAUAUGGAACCAUGCCUGCCUAUGCAUCGCUUUGGUGAGGAUGCUCCACAUGCAAGUGUCAUUGCUAAUGGCAAACUUGAUUCUAGUAAUGGGGAAAGAGGGCUGAGGAAAUGGCAUCCCACUCAUAUUCUUGAUUUCAGUAAUUUGUCUAUUGGGGAUCCUUUAUACGACUUGAUUCCAAUAUACCUGGAUGUUUUCAGAGGAGAUGCAUAUCUUCUUAAGAAACUUUUGGAAAGCUACAAACUUCCAUUGGCAGGAAGAAUAGCUGACCUUGAUGCAUUUUGUUGGGGACCAGUAGAUAAUCAGAAGAAGCUGAAAAGAAUAUCAUAUCGUGCCAUGUGCUAUUGUAUUUUACAUGAGGAGAAUGUCCUGGGAGCUAUAUUCAGUUUAUGGAAGGAAUUGAGGACAGCCAAGUCAUGGGAGGAGGUCGAAGAAGUCGUUUGGGGAGAGUUGAAUGAUUACCAAUCCUCUGAUUGAAGGUUCUGAUUUCUAAAUAAUGCAGCCCAACUUGACUUAACCCACAAUCUGAAUAGGAGAUCUUAAUAGUCAUUUUUUUCUGAGUUUAUCUUAUUCUGUUUAUAUAUAACUGUACUUUAUAGUUUUUCAUUGUAUAUUUUUUGUUUAAAAUGGGAAUACUUGGACCAAGAUUAUGAAUAUUUUUUUUUGCUGAUAUCCUUGACCCAAUUUAUAUGGAGCUGAUGUUUAUUAAACUUUUUGAUAA